UUUGGCAUCUUAGGUUUCCUAUAAAUACCUCGUAGAUUUGUUCCUUGUGAUCCCAUACUCUGUUUUCGCUCUGUUUUUGUCCAACUCAAUUGUGUUGUUAUUGUUAAAGGAAAGAAAAAAAAAAAACAGAGUACUCUGUUCUUUCGCACUAUUUCCCUCUUGAAAACAGAGCACUCUGCUUCUUCUUGACCGAUGGCCGGAAUCGUCGUUGUGUUCGACUUUGACAAGACGAUCAUCGACUGUGACAGCGAUAACUGGGUGGUCGACGAUUUUGGGGCUACAGAGCGGUUCGACAUCUUGCUCGAGACGAUGCCGUGGAACACUGCUAUAGAUAAGAUUAUGGGGGAGAUCCAUUCACAGGGGAGGGCCAUUGAAGAGAUUGGAGAUUGCCUUACAAAAGCUCCAAUUUCCCCUCAUGUAAUUAAGGCCAUUAAAGCUGCCCAUGCUCUUGGGUGUGAGCUGAGAAUAGUGAGUGAUGCAAACACGUUCUUCAUUGAGACCAUACUCAAACACCAUGGGCUCAUUGAAUACUUCACAGAGAUCAACACCAACCCCGGCUUUGUUGAUGAUGAGGGGAGGCUCAGAAUUUUUCCUUACCAUGAUUUCACCACCUCCUCUCAUGGAUGUGGCCUCUGCCCACCAAACAUGUGCAAGGGCAUUAUCAUUGAGAGAAUCCGCGCAUCAGCGUUUUCUGAGGGGAAGAAGCACCUCGUGUACUUGGGUGAUGGGAAAGGGGACUACUGCCCCUCCAUCAAGCUAAGUGAGAAGGACUAUGUAAUGCCCAGAAAAAGCUACCCUCUGUGGGAGCUCAUAUACACCAACACUCAAUCUAUCAAAGCUAAGGUUCAUGAGUGGAGUGAUGGAGAAGAGUUAGAGAAGGUUCUCCUUCAGCUUAUCAAUGAGUCACUGUCGGCGGAUCGCUGCGACAACAUCGUGCCGUUGCGAUUGGCGGCGGAUUUCAAGUGCCACACUGUGCCAUUGCCCUCAUCACCUGGGGCUUUGCCAAAAGCCCUUCCUGUUCCUCACUAAGUAUUGAGGUUAUCAUGACUUUAUGAGUUGGUUUAGGUUAAUGAAGGGUCAAAGAACCAUAAGCAGGUUAACCCUUCUUUUACUCAACUUAUUAGUUUUAGACAAUGAUGUAUUGGGUUAAGCCUAUUUGAGCGGAAUAUGCUUGUUUGGCUUUUGAAUCUGUAUGCAGCUACAACAAAAUUGUGUUCAUCAUAUGUCGCUUUAAGAG